AUGAGUAAUCAUUCCGUUAUAGACGACCUUGCCCGUGGCACAACAAAAGAGGUCACAGAAGAAGUUAAGCGUUGGAUAGCUAAUCAAGGAAUUGAGGAUGAAAUUCAAGCAGACGCAGCUGAAAUGGCAAGAAUUGCUGCCAGACAUAUUCUCGAUCCAAACCAGCCACCACUUAAAGAUUUUCCACGUAUUCCACUCGAUUUGAACACAACAACAGAAGAAGAUGUUAGAUACAUGCUUAUUCAAGAAUUUUUACAAUCUGCUGGUUUUAACUUUACUUCUAAUGUUCUCAAAUACGAAAGCCAGUGCCCAGAAUUCCCAAUUGAUCGUGAUGAUCUUGGUGCAGCACUUGGAUUUCCAUCUUACGACCGUACACCUUUCCUUGUUCAAAUUAUCGAGGAGCGUCUUAGAAAACAGCAAGAACAACAAGACAUGUAG